AUGUCUUCUAUUAGUAAUGUCUAUCAUGACUAUUCGAGUUUUCUGAAUGCAACAACUUUUUCCCAAGUUUAUCAAAAUUUUAAUCAAUUAGAUAAUUUAAAUGUUUUAGAAAAAUUAUGGGGGUCAUAUUAUUAUUAUAUGGCCAAUGAUUUAUUUGCUACAGGAUUAUUAUUCUUUUUAACUCAUGAAAUUUUUUAUUUUGGUAGAUGUUUACCUUGGGCUAUAAUUGAUAGAAUUCCUUAUUUUAGAAAAUGGAAGAUUCAAGAUGAAAAAAUCCCUAGUGAUAAAGAGCAAUGGGAAUGUCUUAAAUCAGUAUUAACUUCUCAUUUCUUAGUGGAAGCUUUCCCAAUUUGGUUUUUCCAUCCAUUAUGUCAAAGAAUUGGCAUUAGUUAUCAAGUACCAUUCCCUAAAAUCACCGAUAUGUUGAUUCAAUGGGCGGUAUUUUUUGUUUUAGAAGAUACUUGGCAUUAUUGGUUUCAUAGAGGAUUACAUUAUGGGGUGUUCUAUAAAUAUAUUCAUAAACAACAUCAUAGAUAUGCUGCUCCAUUUGGAUUAGCCGCAGAAUAUGCUCAUCCAGUUGAAGUUGCCUUAUUAGGAUUGGGUACUGUUGGUAUUCCAAUUGUUUGGUGUCUUAUUACUGGUAACUUGCAUCUUUUUACAGUUUCAAUUUGGAUCAUUUUAAGAUUAUUUCAAGCAGUUGAUUCUCAUUCUGGUUAUGAAUUCCCUUGGUCUUUACAUAAUUUCUUACCAUUUUGGGCUGGAGCUGAUCAUCACGAUGAACAUCAUCAUUAUUUCAUUGGUGGAUAUUCUUCUUCUUUUAGAUGGUGGGAUUUUAUUUUGGAUACUGAAGCUGGUCCAAAAGCUAAAAAGGGCAGAGAAGACAAAGCCAAUCAAACUGCUGAAAGAAUACAAAAGAAGAACUUAUAG